GUGCGAGAGGGCUCGGGCUAUAGUCCCCACGCAAGCCCAAUGCAAUGCGGGUAUAUUUUUAAAUUAUUAUAAAGUAUUUGCAAAACUCAUUGAACCAGGCAGGUAAUUUUGAUGAAAUCGAAUUAAAUUGUAAUUAGUAUUACCACGACGCGGUUGAAAUAAUGAUUAAGAGUAGGGCCAAGCUAAUUUAGCAGUGAUUUUGAUAGCCUAGACUGUGCAAGGGUUUUUAAACGUCAUAUUUUCAUAGAAGUUUGAUGUUUAAAAUAACACCUGUACAGCCUAGGCUACCAAAUUCGCUGUCAAAUUAGCUUGGUCUAACUCUACCUAGUAUGGUAGAAGAUAUUGCGGGAAAUAAAUUAAAUGUGCAUAUAAAUUUCGCAGAUUAUCGCUAUGUACAUACUUAAAUUGCAGACUAACAAAGUCACGGGCAACAGUUCUCUGAUCCAAAUCUGUAAAUAGCUCAGGGUAAAGGACAUUCCAGGGAGACUGUGUGUAGGUAAACUUCAUACAGUUUACGGAGCGGAAACAAUUACACCAAUGAACGUUUGAGAAUUGUUACUUGUAAGGAACUGUGAGACAUCAAUUCAAUGCUUAUAAAAAACGGAAUGGCAGAAAAAGGAUCAUUAAAACUUGAGAAUGGAAAUGGAAUUGCAAGUGUUGCAGGCAGUACAGUGAAAUUAAAACGAGAAUUAGGACUAUUUUCGGCAGUUAAUUUAAUAUUAGGGGUCAUGAUCGGUUCAGGAAUCUUUGUAUCUCCAGCAUCAGCAUUGAAAGAAUCAGGCUCAGUUGCAUUGUGCCUUAUCAUCUGGACGGUGUCCGGAAUUAUAUCCUUAUUAGGGGCAUUAUCAUUCGCAGAAUUAGGAACAGUAGUCAACAAAUCCGGUGCAGAGUAUGCUUAUUUUCAAGAAGCAUUUAGUAAAUGUCAUAAGUUUUGGGGACCUCUUCCAGCAUUUAUUUGUGCAUGGAUUUAUGUUAUGAUUUUAAGACCUGCAGAAGUUGCAAUUAUUGUUAUGACAUUUGCUGCGUACGCUAUUCAACCAUUUUCAAUUGAUAUACCGGCUGAGAGUCGAGCUCAAGCCAUUAAACUAGCAUCCUUAUCAGCUUUAUUUAUAAUGACGUACAUCAACAUAACUAGCGUGAAGCUGUUCGUGAAGGUGCAGAAUGUAUUCGGAGUGUGUAAGGUGUUCGCGUGCCUUGUUGUCAUCGGAGGCGGUAUCUAUGAGAUAGCUAGAGGCAACACUGCAAACUUGGGCAAAGGUUUCGAAGGCAGCACGACCAACCCGGGCGGAAUAGCUCUAGCGCUGUACUCCGGGUUGUGGGCCUAUGAUGGCUGGAACAGCGUCACGGUCGUCACGGAGGAAAUCAUUAACCCAGCCGUAAACGUUCCCCUCAGUAUUUCCAUAGCCGUUCCUCUAAUCACAGGCCUCUACGUGUUCAUGAAUGUAGCCUACAUGACGGUUCUAAACUUUGAAGACAUGACCAGUGUGCCUGCCGUGGCUGUGGAGUUUGGCAAUCGCGUCCUGGGCCCGGCCAGCUUUUUAAUACCACUUGGAGUUGCUAUCGCUACGUUCGGGUGUGCUAUGAGCGUACAAUUCGGUGUUACCAGGGUCUGUUAUACAGCAGCUAAAGGUGGACAUAUGUUAGAAGUAUUUUCGUAUGUAAAUAUGAAAAGAUUGACACCGGCUCCUGCAGUAGCCUUUCAGGCAUUGCUGACAGCAAUAUUUAUUAGCAUUGGCAACAUUCAAACUCUCAUAGAGUUCGCCAGUUGGUUCCUAUGGUUCUUCUAUGGGCUCGGAAUGGUUGCAUUGCUGGUUCUAAGAAGAACCCAACCGGACAAAGAGAGGCCGUACAGAGUACCAACCAUAGUGCCUUGCUUCGUUUUGCUAGUGGCAAUAUUCUUGUCGGUGUUGCCAAUAGUCCACGACCCGUCAGUUAAAUAUUUAAUGGCUAUAGGCUUUAUAGUUAUUGGAUUUAUUGUUUACACACUUUUUGUGUAUUAUAAGAAAACCCCUAAAGCUAUUUUAGAUAAAUUGACAUUCCUGACUCAAGUGAUGUUUGAGAGCGUUCCGCCGAACAGCCGCCAAGACUGAUAUUUUGUACAUUUAUUUACACUAAGCAUAUACCUUUUGAGAUCGAUUUGUAAAUAUUUGAUGCAAGGAAUAUUAUACAACAUAAAUUAGGGUUAGUAAGAUAUAGAUUUUAUGGCAUCUGUAAUGAUAAUAAUGAUGAAUACAUAUUUUACAAAUAAUA